GAUCCGCUCCAAAACCCCAGUCCUGUUUCGGGGAGUCAGUUUUGGCAAGGUGAAGGUUAGGCGGCAUGGGGGUGUCACGGCUGGCGGCUGGCGUCUGCCCGCCUGACCACCACCCGUUAGCAAGGCCACCGCGGUCCCGGCUGGGAGAGGUAGGUGUGGCUAAAGUGCGGGAGGGGUUGGGAGGAUCAGGGGGUCACGCGUAGAUGGGCAGCUCGGGGUGUACUGAAGUGCGACCCGGGCUGGUGCGGAGCUGAGGUUCCCGGUCUCAGCUCUCGAUCUGUGGUGUCUGGAUGUGUGUGUGUGUGUGUGUGUGUGUGUGUGUGUACACCCUUCACGAGGUGGGGAUCUGACUCAAAGUCAAACACACCCAGGCAUCGCCUGCUGGGAAGGAGGAACUUGCAGACAAAUCUGGGCUUCCCCUGUAGCCACACCACUCCUGAUUCUGAGACUGGGCCGAGGCACCUUUGUCAGACGUGGGGACCUCAAGUUCUGGCAGGCUUAGAGCGAUGGGCAGUCUCUCUUCCCAUCUGCUGUUCCAGCUGGCCCUCUGAACUUGUGCACCUGUCCAGUCUGGGGAGCCAGAGCCCGGGGGGUGUUCCACUUCCCGCCCCACCAAUGCCUGCCCAUGCCGGCAAGCAGGAAGUCCUGAGCAGCUAAUUAAUGACAGGUAGGUAAGGACCAGCCCCUGGCCUGGUGGAGUGAAGCUCCUCAGAGGGGCAGGCAGUCACGAAUGAUGGAGAGGCUCUGGGGAGCCAGAAGUCCUAAGUAAGACACUGGACAGUGAAGACAUUUGUCACCAUCGAGAGUUCAGUUUGAGAACCGGAAGGCAGAUCCUUCAUCUCCAGCAUCUCAGUAGACUGCUCAGGGAGAGCGACACUGGGACAGAGGGGAGGAGUGCAGUCUUGAGAGAUGCAGAACCCUCAUCCUGCCAGCAGUCGCUCAGGCCUGGCUGAGGACAGCAGAGGCCACGAGGGCCUGUCUGGUCCUGACACAGAUAAGCACACUGUAUCUGGUUCUCUUCAAGGCUCCCUGCUCAAGAUGAGUCCUGUGGAGCAGGGCAUGAGAGGCUCUCCUCUUCAGCGCCGGUCCCUGUUGAUUUAAAAUCUUUAAAGGUAUUUGCCCCACAAACCUUGAUGGUCUGAGUUCCAUCCCUCCUGGGACCUACAGGGUGGAAAGAAGGGAUUGACUGUUACAAGCUGUUCUUUCUCACACACACACACACACACACACACACACACACACACACACGCAAUGCACAUGCGCACACACACGCACACACACAUAUGCACACACACUUGCACACACACAUAAAUAAUAAUUUUUUUGUUUUUGUUUUUUGGAUUUGGUUUUUUUGAGGCAGGGUUUCUCUGUGUAGCCCUGGCUGUCCUGGAACUCACUCUGUAGACCAGGCUGGCCUCGAACUCAGAAAUCCUCCUGCCUCUGCCUCCCAGAGUGCUGGGAUUACAGGCGUGCGCCACCACCGCCUGGCUAAUAAUUUUUAAAUCUAAAAAAUACAAUCAGACUUGAAGGUUCAAUCAUAGAGGGUCAGUAAGAGCCUUUAUAGGCCCGGCAGGGCCCUCACCGGAGCCCAGCGCUGGGUGCCUGAUGCGACUCCUGGACAGGAGGCAUUGCCUCCCAUCUUGCUUAGGGAAGGAAAACUGAAGGUCCUGGAGAGGACUGUGGGCUGUGUGGGUUUAGGUCCCAAGGUCACUCAGCCCUUGUCCCAGCCCUGAGAUGCGGAUUCCAGCUCUACUGCCCAAGGCCCAAGCAGCUGCCCAGGAGGUCCAGGAGGGACGUGCAGAGAAUAUUUCUAUUGAUUCUCAACUUCUCCUCUGAUCGUUGUAGCUCUAUAACACAGGACUAUAAUGCUACAGUAGUCUAGUACAUAAUUGAUAAGCUUAUAAUUUGUAUCUAAAUUAUAUAAGAUUGUUAUAUAAGAUAGAAUUUAUAGUUCUGUGUGCACACCCUGACUCUGUCUUUUACUGCAAAGGGAGUGUAAUUAGGAAAGCUCAGAGGGUGCAAGGGAGGCCUGGUGCACACACACACACACACACACACACAUAAACACACACACACACACACAGACACACAGACACACAUACACAUAAACACACACACAUACACACACACACACAGACAUACACACACACACACACACACACACACACACACACACACACACACAUACUCUGCUCUCUGGUCUUCCUGGUCCUGGUCCCAUCAUGCACUCCUUCUCCUCUCUGCCAUUCUCUCCCUCCUCAGCUGCGACAGUAUAGCUCCUCUGCCUCGCAGCCUCGGUCUUUGAAGAUGGGCAAGCUUUCGUGUCAGAGCCGGGCCAGCCGGCAGAGCUGGCUGAGGGCCCGCCCUUCUCUGGCACCUGCACGUUCAGACACCUCCUGUGAUAGCUCACUCUCUCUCUCCUGUAUGGGAGGCUGAACUUAGAGCCUUGGAACCCCGGGCGAGUACUCUGCCGCUGAGCUAUCUCCUCAGACCUCUUUGAUUCACUCAUUAGGUUUCCCAGGCUGGCCAGGCGUUGAACUGGAGGUGCCCCCCUCCCCAGUGGCUUAAAGGACUUUGUCACUGGGCCAAGGCCCCAGAUCCUCUUUGAAGCUCUCCUUGAUGCUUGUAAGUCCCCAACUUCUCGGUAGAUUUAACAGCUAUGGAAGUAGCUCACUUAGUUUGAUUGCACCACCUGCCUUGAUGCCAAGCCCGGACAGUAGUGAAUGUUCUGGGUAGAACAUUCUGGAGAGCCACUCGGGGUUACCUUGCAUGUCUUGAAGGAGGCGUCUGGCUUACUCUGCCACUAGAGGGGAGAUCUUGAGCCUGGUGAGUUUAAUCUCUCCACAAGGUCAGGUCUGCCCACUCCACUAAUCAGCUUGACCGCUUGGACCUCCUAAUCUCCUCCCAGGAACCUCAGGGAACAGCGGUGGCUUGGGAGAGGCAGGCUGGCCACUGUGGCCCUGGCCGGUGGCACUCUUCAGCAGAGUUGGUCGCCGGUGGGGAUGGGGCGGCCGAGCCAUGUGCACCACCCUCUUCCUGCUCAGCUUGGCCAUGCUGUGGCGCCGUAGAUUUACCAACCGAGUGGAACCAGAGCCCAGCAGAGUGGACGGGACAGUUGUGGGCAGCGGCUCGGACACAGACCUUCAAUCUACCGGCAGGGAGAAAGGACCUGUGAAGUAGGCCUUCCCUGCUUCAGGCAGCUCGACGCUGGGGACUGUGACCCAUCGGCUCCGACAGCUGGACUCCAGGUUCACUUCCCAUGGAGGAAGAUGCUGUGGGGCUGGAAGCAGCGGCAAAAGGGAACACUGGAGAAGCAGUCACGGAGAAGAGGGAUUUGGCUCUUGCUCUGAAAGGAGCCUCUCAGAUUCCAGACGGCUGCGGUGAGCCCAAGCAUCACAACUCUACACUGUCCCAGAGCCAGAAGAGAGGAUGUUGUUUUUAAAGGCAAGAAGAAUUCCCCAAACUUGGCCAGAAUUGCAUCGUAGACAAGAUGGAGGAAGAACAGCUUCCAGGCCGGCCACCAACAGGCCUGUGUAUGGACGUACUUCCUGUGAAACUGCUGAUGCAGAUACUCCCAGUGUAAGCAGCCAUCGUCUUGGAGGUAUCACCACCCUUCCUUCAUGAUCUUAGUAAUAAAAUCCAAGAUUCCCUUUGCAACUAAGAAGGGAACUUCAA